AUGAAAGUUUAAGAAAAACCAGGCUAAAUCAAGCCUAACAAGAAGGACGACAUAGGAGAUUACAAUAAUAACGAAGGAAAGAAUUAAAAUGAUUCCUUUACUUCUUAAAAGUUUUUGGAUUAAAUGAAUGAUGUAGACGAAGACUCGAAUACUAGUGGUUUUAAUCUAAUGAUCCAAAAUGUAAAUCUUGUUAAAAACUACUAGUUUAAAAACUCGGCUGAGUUCUAAUUUGCGAAUGAAUUGAAUUAAUGGAUUAACGAGAAUGUAUUAUUUUGGGAAUAUGGUAGUUAGCCUAUUAAAUUUUUUCUUCCAGAAAGCUAAUUCGGAAACAAUACCUAAUAAACUAAAAUAAUACCUCAGCAGAUUCUCUACAAGCAAAACAGUCUCUUUUAAAUGAAUAGUCUGCUUACAAACCAAGAUAGAUAAAGCAAGAGUAAUAGCAGCAGAGGACCAGGAGAUGAAGAAGAUUUAUUGAAUAAAAGUAGCAAAAAAUAGAAAGUUUAACUGCAGCAGCAAAAAGUAUACGACGACCUGAAUAAAUAAUAAUUAAGCGAUAUUUGGGACACAGGCACAUUCACAGUGUAAUUAACAGCGGGAGAACCAGAAACUUGGAUGGUCAAGCCUUGGGUUUUUUAUAGCAAGGAGCGCUCAUUUAGAUUUUUGAAAGAUGCAUUUGAGUGCGCUAAAUUCUAGUUCAAACAAAUAAAAAGGAGGUUUUAUACUUGGGAAACAAUUGAGUUGAUCAUUUAUAAUAGGAAAAACUUACAAGUAAAUUCUGAGAAUUGUUAGUGUGCUUGCUUAGACAUCAACAUGCUGGAAGGAUUGAGAGUGCUUUUAGGUAUUCCAAUUCACUUACUAAUUCUACUGAUUGGAAUUCCACUAUACAAUAUUGAUCCAAUUAAGUUAAAGAAUGAAUCAAAUAGGCAAAUUUAAAAAAGAAUAGAAGAGCAAAUUAAGAAGAGCAAUGGGGGAAAAUAUUUAGACACUUUAUUUUUAAAUUACUUAGCAGCAAAUAAGUCUACAUUUUUGAAUAACGACUUUAACUUCUAAGAGGAAUUAGAGCUAAUUUCUUUAGCUAAACAAAUUCAAGAUGGCAGUUUAUAAAUAGGAUAAACAGAUGACGAUAAGCAAUAUAUAAAAAUAGAUUUGCAGGAGAAACUGUAUGAUAGCUUAUUCAGUAGAAUGGAGAAAUAUUAUUCAUCCAAACAUGAUUUAGAUCCAGAAGUAAUAAAAAGCUUGGAACAUAAUUUCAGAGCAUAUAUAACCAUGUAAAGACACAGAGCACUUUAGAUGCAUAACAGUCGUAAUUAUGGUAAGCCAGAAAGUGUUGUUAAAGAUUUGAAAAGAUAAAAAUGUGAUAGAAUCGCAGAGCUUGCUCAUUUAGUUGCAGAAGAAAUUAAAAAAGGUGUUAGUCUUUUGGAAGAAAUAAAAAUAAAAGAUAAUAUUAGAGAAGUUUCCAAAGUUAACAGAUUGCAAUUCUCAUAUUUCAAGCCAAGAGUUGUUAAGGAAGUUGAUAAUUAAGGGCGUAUUAAAUAUUCUGCUGAUUGGAUAAGAGAAUUGUCUGUACCUACCUCUUUUUACUUUUGGAAAAUUUUCUAUUUUUUUGCUGCAUCUUAUUUUAUGAUUCACAAAUUUAUCAACUUUUGUCUAUAAUUUGCUUUGUACUCUCCUUGCGGAUUGAAAGCAGCUAUUUAUCCUAAUUAAUUCGCAACAAACUUUCUUGUUAAUCCUCAAACUGGUAAAAUCGAAGACGAUCUUGAUAGCAUGGAGGAUACUGUUUCAAGAAUGUAUAAAAACAUUAAGACUACUGCCAAAUAAAAUAUUGAAAACUUUGAAAAUGAGCCUGAUCAUGGUUUAUUAGGCAAGUCAAUAACUCGUAUUUGCAACCGUAUCGAAAACUGGAUUUUGCGUUACUUUUUUUUAGGCUUCAUCUGCACAAACAUUCUCUUGCGUAUCCUUUUUUUGAUUAUUGGUAUAUUUGCUUUAAUAUUAGUUCCACUUUCUUUAGUACUUGCUCCUAUUUAUACUCUCUUAUGCGUUAUUAUUUGCUUGCUUUGCAUGGAUUUUACUGUACCGAGUAAUCAUUAAAGCUGGGACUUACCCAUUUUUGCUCCCUUACUUGACUUAUUGAUUUGGAGGCUGAUGGUAAGAGGAGCUGGUUAAAUUGCUAUCAGUGUCAUAAUGAUUGCUGCUCAUAUAGUUUUUGGAAUACUCUUAAUUGUGUUUGGAAUAUUAAUUUACUUUCUUCGUAGAAUUUUAGAUAUAAUAGUUUUCAUUUUUAUAAGGACAUGUGGACGUAUUCCUGGAGGUGAUUCUUAUUUAGCAUGGAAGAUAUCGAGAUAAAGAAAUCCAAAUACUACUAAUUAUUAUGAAAGUGGAGGUUUAAGACGUACCAACAUGAACUAGAGUGAAUAAGUAAUCGAUUAACUUACCUUGGAUUAAUUAUAAUAGCUCAUAGAUGCUGAAUUUCAUAAAGAUAUCCUUGAGCAAUACCGCUAAUAAAUGAUCACAAAAAUUAAUUAACCUGUACUCCAAAACGAUGCUAAAAUGAAGAAGAUGUCUCAAUUUUUGCCCUUUGAUUUUUCUAAAAAUAAGGUUACUUAAGUUUACUAUUAAACUGCAGAAAAGCUAAAGCAAGAGCUGAAUGAUCAAAUUAAUUAACGCAAAAAACUAUUACCUGUGCUUCUCCGUAAGAGCAACACGAAUUUCAAGUAUAAACAUGAAGAUAUUCUUUCUAUUUUCUACAAUUUGUAAACUUAUAUUUAAGAGAAAUAUGGCUCAAAGCAGUAUUUUUAAAAGUAUAUGUGGAAGAGCUACAAAUGUGAAGAAAAUAAUUACACUAAUUUAAGUCUACAUUUCCUCAAUCAUAUAUUUUAUGAUAAUAAAUCAUAAUUAAAUUAAGUGCUUGAGAGACUAACACUCAAAGAAUAAAAAAAUGGUGUUUAAGUCAAAUAGCAACUUGAUGAAUUCAUAGCUUAAAAAUUUAAAUAAAAUGGAAAAAAUAUGUUAGAAGCUCCUACAUUCGUUACACUUUCUUAAUUUAUUGAAAAGGCAUUAAAAAGGCUCGAUAACAGCUAGUCUCUGCUAUCGAUGCGUACUGAUAACUUUAUGCUUUGUGAUGACUUUAUGCUGUUAAACGUUAACAAAUUAAACAAUUGA